UCAGCUGGGGGAUGGCGGUCAAUGUUUAUUCCACCUCUGUGACCAGCGAGAACCUGAGUCGUCAUGACAUGCUGGCAUGGGUCAACGACUCUCUACAGCUCAGCUACACCAAGAUAGAGCAGCUAUGCUCAGGUGCGGCGUACUGUCAGUUCAUGGACAUGCUCUUCCCCGGCUGUAUCUUACUGAAGAAAGUGAAAUUUCAGGCCAAGCUGGAACAUGAAUACAUUCACAACUUCAAAGUCUUACAGGCUGCCUUCAAGAAGAUGGCUGUGGACAAAAUUAUUCCAGUAGAAAAACUAGUGAAAGGAAAGUUCCAGGACAACUUUGAAUUCGUCCAGUGGUUUAAGAAAUUCUUUGAUGCAAAUUAUGAUGGGAAGGAGUACGACCCCCUAUUGGCCAGACAAGGACAGGACCUAGCGCCCCCACCUAACCCAGGAGACCAGGUCUUCAACAAGCCUAAGAAACCAAUCGGCACAGCAGUCCCCCAGAGAACAUCCCCUACAGGCCCCAAGAUAAUGCAGCCCCCGGCACGAUUGCAAAACGUCACCCACCCUGUACGGAAAAACCCACCCAUCACCCGGAAUGGUGGCAAUGACCUGGACUCACAGAUAAUGGAACUCAAUCAGCAGUUAAUGGAGCUGAAGUUGACAGUGGAUGGGCUGGAGAAAGAACGAGAUUUCUACUUCAGUAAACUGCGAGACAUCGAGCUAAUCUGUCAGGAGCAUGAAAGUGAGAGCAAUGGCGUCUUGUCCAAAAUCAUCGACAUCCUGUACGCCACAGAGGAAGGAUUCGCUCCCCCAGAUGACGAUGAAAAUGAUGAGCUUCAGCCAGAGGAUCAGGAUGAAUACUAA